AUGAGCCAAGCUACCGUCGACAGUCAAACGCGUGAAGAGCUCGAGAUAACAACAUCAUCCUUAAACCUCUUCGACAUCCUCCACAACUCUCUCAUCCUCCGCAAUACCGUUCCCCACCUUCCUGUCUCCAGCAUUCUGAACCUCGCAGCUACCGACCGAUCCUUCCGGGCUUUGAUCAACCAGACUCCAGGCGUCUUCAGACACCUUGACCUCACGCGAGUCAAAACCGCCCAAUUCGACAUCGACGAGAUUGAUCGCGGCGGCCAGAUCUGGCGCAAUGUGCAGCUCGACGAGUAUCUGACCGAGGAUGAUUUCUACUCUGGGCCGCUGAGAGGAGUCUUCUCGACCCUCAAGCGACACAACAUCUUGCAGGAUGUACAGACCCUGAUCCUCGACGGCCUCUCCGUCACAUCGGAGCUGUGCUACGACAUCAUCAAUGACCCAUCUUUCAACGUGCGCAUCCUGUCCAUUCGCGAUGCCAAAAACCUGAAUCAGGGCAAGCUGCGUGGCGCGCUGCAGUACGCAUGCCGUACGACCCGCCCGGACAACACGCCGCGCCUGAAGGCUCUGUACGUGUUCGGCUCCAAGGAUGCGGCGCCGGUCGAUGACUCGACGUCUGGAGCAACCACUACCGGGCAGCGCCCUCAUAACGGCCAUCCCCAUGGAUCGUCCAUCAGUGCAGGUUGGAACCAGAAGAGCCAGUUGGCUCUGACAAGCGCGCUUCGUCGUGAAGGCGACGCCUGGUGGUCCAAGAAGGGCCGGAUCAUCUCGCGUCCAAUCUCGAACGAAUGGGUGAACUGCAUGGUUGCCUGUGAAGGGCUCAUAGCGUUCGAUGCCGUCCUGUGCCACGGCCCUCGCCAUCGUAACUCGCCUGUCUUCGGGAAGACACCGUUCCCUCUUCGCGUCGAUUCCAACGAGCCGGCAGUCGCCACCUACGCAGUGUCUGGAUGCGAGAGCUGUGGUAAGGCGCCUGAGGGGUUGCACCACCCGCAGACGAGUCAGCCGAUGAGUCUCCCAUUACUCGCGCCGCCUCCGGUGCUCUCCUCUUCAAUUCGCGCCGCGACCUCACCGCACCACCACCGGGGCUCAAACGAGACACACCACGAGGAGCUCAGCUUUGUUGCUCGGUGCAUGGACUGCCUUCGGGAGCGAUACUGCGCCGGCUGCCACAAGUGGUGGUGCGAGGAUUGCUACCAACUCCCUGGGCAAUAUGCGGCGUCAGGUGCGGAAGUGAGCAACAUUGUCGUCGUCGAGCCCGAAGAGGGCGAGAAUGAUGACGCAGCCGUGAGUGUGUCCGAGAGCCUGCAGACGAUUGCCAUCACCGCGACCCCAAAAUUCAAGAACCGCAUUGCAAAGAGCUGCUGGGAAUGCGGCAACAACUGCGAUUCUUGCAUUGAUCGGACCCAGCGUGUGUGCAGAAAGUGCUGCGCCGGGUACUGCAUCAUCCACAACGAAGGGUCUUCAGCGACGCACUGUGACUGGUGCGUGUCGCGCGGUCGCGGCCUCGGCCGUCUGUAG